AAUGACCGCCGUUGGGAGCAGACAGCAAAGUUGAGUUGUCAGUUCUCGUUUAGGUGCCGGACCGGUUGUUGCUCGUCCGCGUCUAGUUAGUUGUUCUCGUUCGCAAUUCAGACACAAUUUACAUCGGAAAACAAGGAACAAUGGCUCCCAUUAACACAGAAGGAUACGAUUACGACUUAGUCGUUCUUGGUGGUGGAUCGGGUGGCUUAGCUUGUGCCAAAGAAGCGGUACAACAUGGUGCAAAAGUGGCUGUUUUAGAUUUCGUGAAACCUACACCCAUCGGAACAUCAUGGGGACUUGGUGGAACUUGCGUGAAUGUAGGUUGUAUACCAAAGAAACUCAUGCACCAAGCCGCGUUGUUAGGUGAAGCCAUUCAUGAAUCUUCAUCAUAUGGGUGGAAACUUAAUGCGCAGGAAGUCAAACCCGAUUGGAACGAACUGACCCAGGCCGUUCAAAAUCACGUUAAGUCGGUGAAUUGGGUGACCCGCGUUGAUCUUAGGGAUAAGAAAGUUGAAUAUAUAAACGGUUUAGGUUCAUUCAAGGAUCCCCAUACGAUCAUCGCAACAAUGAAAAAUAAAUCGGAACGCGAGCUAAAAACGAAAAAUGUUGUCAUCGCUGUCGGCGGACGUCCACGCUACCCUAAUAUUCCUGGUGCUGUAGAAUAUGGUAUAACUAGUGAUGAUAUCUUCAGUUUAGACAAGGAGCCUGGCAAGACCCUUAUCGUUGGUGCUGGAUACAUUGGAUUGGAGUGCGCUGGCUUCCUCAAUGGAUUAGGUUACGAAGCAACUGUGAUGGUCCGCUCUGUUCCGUUACGAGGUUUCGAUCAACAAAUGGCCAACCUAGUGAAGAUGGCGAUGGAAGAGAAAGGAAUUCGAUUCCUUAAUCAAUGCAUCCCGAAAUCCGUUGAAAAAUUGGAAAGUGGAAAAUAUCUUGUGAAAUACAUGCAAACUGAAGGUACCGAUCAGUUGUGCGAAGAGUUUGAUACCGUUUUGUGGGCGAUCGGUCGUGAUGGUUUGGUUGAUGAUUUAAAGCUUGAAAAUGCUGGAGUUCAGAAACAUGAUGAAGAGAAAAAAAUCAUCGUGGACGAUCACGAGCGAACCAAUAUUCCACAUAUCUACGCUGUUGGUGAUAUUAUUCACGGAAGGCCCGAGUUGACACCGGUGGCAAUUCUCGCUGGACGAUUGCUCGCCCGUAGAAUCUUUACAAACUCAACACAAAUCAUGGAUUAUAUGGAUGUGGCCACCACUGUAUUCAGCCCUCUGGAAUAUGCGUGUGUUGGACUUAGCGAGGAGGCAGCCAUUGCUAAAUUCGGUGAAGAAAACGUCGAAGUCUACCACGCUUACUACAAGCCAACUGAGUUCUUCAUCCCGCAGAAGAGUGUUAAACACUGUUACUUAAAAGCUGUAGCCGAGCGAGCAGGUGAUCAAAGAAUUGUAGGGUUGCAUUAUGUGGGUCCAGUAGCUGGUGAGGUAAUACAGGGAUUUGCCGUAGCUAUGAAGUCUGGCGUAACGAUAAAGAUUUUACUAAAUACCGUCGGUAUUCACCCAACAACGGCCGAGGAGUUUACACGACUGAAUAUCACUAAGCGAUCGGGCUUGGAUCCUACACCAGCCACUUGCUGCAGUUAAAUCAUUACCAGCUACAUAUUAGGUUUUAAUUUGUUUAUCGAUAACACUAUUAAUUUUCAGGAGCAACUAAAUUGUACUCACUUUAAAUUGGUACCGUUUACUUAUUAUUAGCAAUUCUUUUAGAAAAAUAUUCAUGUUUUCCCAUAUUUUAGAUACUUAAUAAAUGCUGUUGAAAGACAAA